AUGAAACUAAUAUUUUUGGCAGUCUUUGCUCUGACACUGUGUCUGAGCGGUAGUGAUGGGUCGCAGAAGUGGCCAAACCAUGACAUUUCGACACUCAAACUGUUACAAGUGGUCCACAAACACGGCGAGAGGGCACCGGUCAGCUGGACUCCCAACGAUCCCUACAAUAAUGUCAAGUAUUGGCCCGAAGGACUCAGCGAGUUGACAGCCCGGGGCAAAAACACCAUGUUCAAAUUGGGACAAUUCUUGCGUCAAGAAUACGGCGCUUAUUUCGGUAACCAAUUCUCGCCCCGAGAGGUGUACGCCCGGAGCGCAGCCGCCGACCGGUGUUUCGAGAGUUGCGCGGCUCUGUUGGCCGGAGCCUAUCCUCCCAACCAAAAGGACUGGCAAUGGAGUGACGCCAACGUCUCGUUGGGACACAUUUGGCAACCAAUUAAUAUCCAGACAUUCCUCCCCGAGAAGUCCGACUUAGUCUGCAAUCAGGCCAAACACUGUGAUAUUGCGAGCGCUGAAUACAACAGAAUAUACGCCCAGAAAGUGGUGAAAGACUUCGAGGCGAAGAACAAGCCGUUGUACGACCAGAUGACCAAAGCUGUCGGCGCACCCGUUGGCGGCAUUUGGGAGGCCUUCGACCUCUACGACACAUUGAAGGCUGAAUUAGACAACAAUUACUAUUGGGAUAAGACAUGGAGUAAAGAGGAUGAGACCAAACUGGUUGCACAGUUGUAUGAGUCGGCACUCCGGGGACAGAUCUGGGACUACGACAGCCCUAUCAUCAAACGCAUGAGAGCCGGAGGUUUGGUCAACGAAUUGAACACCAAUUUCGACAAAGUCUUAAAGAAGACCAACAAUAAGAAAAUGUAUGUCUACUCGACAUACGGGGCGCACAUCAGCCUAUUGUUGCAAUCGUUGAAUGUAUUCAAUAACGUGAUCCCUCCCAACGCCGCGACAGUACUCUUUGAAUUACAUCAAAAGCCGGCGACAGAUAAUUAUUUUGUCCGCCUUUACUACCAGAAUGAGACCACUUCCGCCAUUAUAGGUAUCCCACACUCUGUGCCGCUCACCGAUUGUAAGAAACUGGUCGACUGUCCCCUCACUGACUAUAUUGAGUCCACUAAACAUCUUAUUUAUGAAGAUUACGACAAGGAAUGUGUUAAGAAAAGUUUUAAGUAA